AUAUUGCUUCCAAGAUUGGAUCUGAUGAGGAAGUUACCUUCGAAGACAUCGCACGAAGAUGCAACCUCGAUGUGCAGGACGUUCGCAGACUUCUCCGUCUUUCCGUCGCUUUUCACGCUUUCGAAGAACCAAAGGAUUGUAUUGUGAAGCAUUCCGCCGUUUCAAGAUUUCUUGUGGACUUUCCACUAGCAAAUCAAUGAAUCGGUCACUUCUGCGAUGAGGUGUGGCCGGCCGGGUGCAAGACAAUCGAAGCAAUCUCCCACUGGCCGGGCUCGCAGGAGCCCCACGAGGCGGCUUUCACUCUGCGACAUUAGUCGGGACGCGGGUUUUUUGAUGACCUACGAGAAAAUCCCGACCGCGCCUCGUGAUUCUCAGGCGGUAUGCGAUUUCUGAAAACAACUCCAGAGUUCGACAUCGCACACUUGAUCAGAGACCUGGCGUGGGAUACUCGGAAGUGUCCAGGUCUUGUGGUUGAUGUUGGUGGAGGUGAUGGCUCCAUUGCUGCUGCUCUUGUGCGCAAGUUUCCGUCAGUCAAAUGUAUCGUUCAAGAUGUUGCAAGUCCAACCUGCACCGCGAGCGUUCCAGAUGCGUGGAAAGACCGACUCCAAUUCCAAUGCCACAACAUGUUCACAGAGCAACCUGUCCAGAGCGCUGAUGUCUAUUUCUUUCGCUCCACUUUCCACGACUGGUCAGACAAGUACGCAAUCCAGAUUCUACGGAACCUCAUUCCUGCACUGAAGAACGGUGUAAGAAUAAUUGCCAACGAGGUAUGCAUUCCCACUCCGAACACUUCCCUCAUCUCAGGCUCAGCUGUUGUGCACUUUACUUACAAAUUUCAAAGGGGAUACGACCUGACAAUGAAACAACUAUUCAACUCAAAGGAACGUAGUGCACAGGAAUGGAUGGACCUUUUCGCAGCGGCUGACAAUCGGUUCUCGCUCGAAAGAAUUAUUAGCUCGCCUGGCUCUAUCCUGGCGGUUAUCGAAGGAAAGCGAUAG